AAGUUUCUGUGGAAAGUUUCUAAAGUUCGUCGCUGGAGGGAGGAGGAGGAGGAGGAGGAGGAAGGUGGGAGGGGGUGAGAACACAGCGGCGCCGCCGCGCUCUCAUUCGGCUCCAGCGGAACCGUCGGUGCGUGUGCGCUCCGGGAUGGCGGCCGUGAAGGCUCUGCAGCAGUGGUGCCGGGUCCAGUGCGAGGGGUACCGGGACGUGUGCAUCACCAACAUGACCACGUCCUUCAGGGACGGCCUCGCGUUCUGCGCCCUCAUCCACAAGCACAGACCCGAGCUCAUCAACUUUGAUUCACUGAAGAAGGAAGAUGUGUACGACAACAACAAACUGGCGUUCCAGGUCGCAGAGCGGGAGCUGGGGAUCCCGGCGCUGCUGGACGCGGAGGACAUGGUGGCGCUCAAAGUCCCCGACCGCCUCAGCAUCCUGACCUACGUCUCCCAGUACUACAACUACUUCCACGGACGCUCCCCCAUCGGGGGCAUGGGCGGCAUUAAGCGUCCGGCCGAGGGCCCCGCGGACGCGUCGCCCGGGAAGAAGAACCAGCCUGUGGUGGCCACGCUGGUGCCCCCCCCCAAGCCCGCCAGGCAGAACAGCCCCCCGCCCCCGUCCAGCGGCCCGCGGCCCGCGCCCAGACGACCCCUGAACGCCACGCAGGACGCGGUGCUGGAGAGGCCCCAGCAGUCAGGAACCCUGAGCAACCUGUGCGUGGCCUGCGACCAGCACGUGCACUUGGUGCAGCGACAUCUAGUGGACGGGAAGCUGUAUCACAGGAACUGUGCCAAACUGCAGGCGUCCACGAACUCGACCUCACCUCUCAGACCUCUACCCACAAACACCCCAAAUGUUUCCAAAUGGACUCCUCCAGCGGACCCGGCUAGAACCGCCACACCCAGUUCAAGCUGGGCUCCCUCCAGACUGGCCUCAGAGAAGCAGGGCACCGCUUCAACCUUCUGCAGCUCCUUCUCCACCUCGCCCCCCUCCCGGCCCCCCGCGGGCUCCCCCUCCACCACUAAGGAAGGUCGGAGCGCUUUUAUGCCCAAACCACAGACGACCGGCGGAACCACCUUCACAACAACCACCCACGCCUCCACCCGACCCGCUUCAGCCACGGCGGAGAGGACGCAGCAGGCCAAGCUCAAGUUCCUGCAGCCGGAGAACACCACGAACAAUGAGGAGAAGAAGACUUCGAGCAUCAGUGUGGAUGUGAAAGGGCCGAAAGGGACCAGUAGGGUGCAGGAGGCCAAAGCGGACCUGGGCCCGGCUCCGGCGCCGGCGGUGGGUGGCGGCAGAAAACCGAGUCCGAGCGGCGGAGAGAAGGCGAAAGCAGCCGCUGUGGGUGCGAAACAGGCCGACAAUGAGGCUAAUAAAGCAAAAGCAAAAGCAUCCGCGGCGGCUUUCAUCUCCAAGAAACUGACCGAGGAGAACAACAACAACAACAGGCCUGCGUGGACAAACGUGGCGCUGAAGAAAACCGACAAAGCCGAGGCGCCGGUGGAGACGCCCAGGAGGGACGCGGGCUUCGGCACCGGCAGAGUGAAGCUGAAGGUGGACCCGUCCAUCCUCGCGGACCUGCAGCCCGUGGACAGGCCGGCCGGGCCCGCGGCUGCAGACAGGGGCGGCUUCAGGCCCGGCAGCGCCGCACCGGCCCACACGUCUUCGGGAAGCGAGACGCCUGCAGACUGGAGGUCCAAACUCAAACCUGUCGCUAAAGACGCAAAACCGGUUGGGCCUUCACAGCCCCUCAAACCCUGGGCUGGCACCACUGGACCGGCCCAGACUCCCGCCCCCUCUUCUGUUCUUCCUGUGUCUAAGGGACUGCAGAAUGGCCAGAAAGACAGAACCGCCAACGGCACCAGGUCCAACGCUUCCAAGACAAAGCCAGACUACAUUCCCAAAGACGUCAUGAUGAAGGAGCUUCAGGAGAUUGAGGAUAACUUGAACGAGCUGGAGAAGAGAGGAGUCGAGCUGGAGAUGAAGCUGCGCAAGAGUGAAGAAGAGGGUGAAGACGACUCCCUCAUGGAUGAGCUCAUGGUCGAGUGGUUCGGCCUGAUCAGGAACAAGCAGGUGGCCGUGCGCCGGGAGUCUGAACUCAACUACAUAGGAAGAACCCAGGAGCUGGAGGAGGAGCAGCCCAGCGUGGAGCAGGAACUCAGGAGACUGAUGGACAAACCAGAAUGUGUGAAAACCCAGUUGGAUCGGAUGAGAGAAGAUCAGCUGAUGAAGAAGCUGAUGGACAUAGUCAACGACAGGAACGCGAUCGUGGAGGGUCUGGAUGAGGACAGACUCCGGGAGGAAGAGGAGGACGAACAGCUGAACAAGAUGAUGAUGGAUUUCAACAUAAAGAAGGAAAAGACAAAGAAGAAGUCUCCAAUGGCCAAACUGUUCAACUGGGGAAACAAGAAGGAGGGAUGACGCUCCUCUGCCUCCGAUGCUCUGCUGCUUUCGCUUGUGUGUGUGUGCGUAUGUGCACGCGUGUGUGCAUCAGUUAAGUUCUGUUAAACACACACACACACACACACACACACACACACACACACAGAUGAUGCUGAGGGGUUAAUGACUCACCAGCCUCGGUGUGAUUGGGUCACUCCUCCAGUUGUUAGUGUUAAUCCCCUCCUAGUCCUAAUCUGGCCACUUAAUGCACACACAUACACACACACACACACGGCUUCUAUCUUCCACACAUGCUGUUGUAACACUGAUGCUAAUUGGAGUUGGACGGGAACAAGGCCGCUUACAGAGGUGCCUUGCUCUCUGGUCGUGCUUUUGUUCACACUACAUGUCACUUUUGACACCGAGUCGCUUGUUGUUGUUGCUGAACAUGCGCUGGUUUCGCUGCUUCUCUCUUUUAACCACAAGUGUUCAUUCAGAGCAUCGUAUUGGUUAUUUAACAGCCAAUAAACAUGGACUUGUGGCCGCUGCUGAGCUAAAGCUGAUGCAGUUCAACUCUACAGUGUUUCCCAAAAUGUUGUACUUGAAUGUGGAGCAGGUUUAGGAACUUUUGUUUGUAAAUGUGAUUUGCAGGUUUAAGUAACUCAAAUAAAAGUAAAAGAUGGAUGUUUAUUAGUCCUGAAAAGGAAGAACUGGUCCAUAUUGGAUCUGUAUGUGAUUUUAGUCUUCAAACAGUGUUUGUUGCAAUUUUACUCCUCUUUGCACUAAAGUUUUUUGUUUUUUUGUGUCCCGGCUAAACGGAUCAGUUUGUGUUGAACCUAUCGUUUUUAUCAUUUAAGAUUGUGUAUGAGUUAAUGCUCCCUGUGAUGUUUUUUAUGUGUUGUGUAAGCUGAAACUGUGGACUGGAUUUGAAAUCAAUGACUUUAAUAAAGUUGCUAAGAUAUUAUUAAA